GAUCGGUGGUUUUACUUUUUUUUUUUUUUUUUUUUUUUUUUUUCAAUUUGCCGAGCUGCUCGGGAGAGAUACCGACUGCAUGGGACAAUGGCAAGCGCCACGGGACAACGACACAGGAGAUACGCUGACUGAUUUGGCGGCGGAGGGCGGCGAAGGGCGGCGGAGGGUGGGCGACGGAGGGCGGUGGAGGGGAGGGGACAGAGGAGGUGCAGGACAGCGGCAUGAAAUUGGUGCCCUUCACAAAGCGGGAACACACUGCGAGAGACUUGACGAACUGGUUCUGCAGAAAGCCCGUGUGGGACAAAUGCACGGGCUUCUGGUUUGCGCGGCACCCGUUUCUUGGAGGCAAGACGAGAUGGAAAAACAACAACAUCAGGAUGAAACUUCGACAGGACCAACGGAUCUGGCAGGCGAGUCGACCCGUGCUGACGCAGUGGAGAUGACAACUGCUACGGAACUCGAGUUGGAUUUGCGGCUCCUAGAGGCUUUGGAAAUAUACCCACCAAAGAGACUGCAAGGGGUUCAUGGACACUUCCUCCUGUUUGGUCUCAUUGACUUUCUGCAUAGAAGGUUGAAUCGGAAGCUCAUGGCAGAAGACAUCCUACAGCAACUGGAGAAAUUUUAUUGUUUGGAAAAGCUGGUAAGGGAUCUUAUUUAUUAAUUUAUUAAUUUUUUUAACAGGUCCUUAUGGUCCUGGCUCCAUUUCCCUGCUGGGGAGCAUCAGUUUGGUUCCUUUCCCACCGGCACGUCAUUAGAAUAUUACAUCAUAAAACUCACCCACGCUUCCUCCCGUCUGGCCAAAGGAACCCCGAUCAGCAUUGAUUACUCCAAUAAUGAGGAGGAUUGACUGUUAGCUUGCCCUGUUUACACCUUUCCUCUCAGGAUUACUAUAAUAACAUGUCAGAUAAAAAGUGUAGAGCAAG